AAUCCAUGCCGCUCAUGUAAUUUGCUUAUGAUAAUGAGCAUCAUGACAGUUUUCUGGAGUUGACAUUCUAACUUUUCUCAAGACAGGUCUGAACUUAGCUAUUGGAAAAUACAUGUUGGUGGCAUUAUUCUUGUUGUAUGAUGUCCUCAUUCUCUAACAAGAUUGAUCCUUUACGCUAUUAAUCAUAAAUAUUAUUUGUACUGUAUUUUGGAAAAUAUCUGAACUAACAUUGUUGCUUUUUGUUUUGCUGAUCUUCCAUCUCUAAUUAAAACAGGACAACCAGACUUUCCCAACAUGCCUUGAAGCUGAGUGGAUACAACAUCGGCUGAAAGUGAAAGCGGAUUGGCUGUAAGCACUCUGCUCUGACACAUUAGUCAAAGAUCAGAACUUGAAUCGGUUUCUGUUUUCAGGUAGUGAAACUCACACAUUCAUUGUGACUGAGUGAAUGUCACAAUGAGGAAUGAAAUGGAGCAGAAUCAGCUGGACCCAGAAACUUUCUCCUGUUCCAUCUGUCUGGAUCUUCUGAAGGAUCCGGUGGCGAUUCCCUGUGGACACAGCUACUGUAUGAACUGUAUUACAAACUUCUGGGAUGGAGGUGAGACCAAGAAAAGCUACCACUGUCCUCAAUGCAGGAGAAGCUUCACACAGAGGCCUGACCUGGAGAAAAACACCAUCCUAGCAGCUUUAGUGGAGCAGCUGAAGAAGACUGGACUCCAAGCUGCUCCUGCUGAUCACCGCUAUGCUGGACCUGAAGAGGUGGCCUGUGAUUUCUGCACUGGAAGAAAACUGAAGGCCACCAAGUCCUGUUUGGUCUGUCUGGCCUCUUACUGUGAGAAACACAUUCAGCCUCAUUAUGUUGUGGCUCCAUUAAAGAAACACAAGCUGGUGGAGCCGAACAAGAACCUCCAGGAGAACAUCUGCUCUCGUCACGAUGAGGUGAUGAAGAUGUUCUGCCGCACUGAUCAGAAGUGUAUCUGUUAUCUCUGCUCUGUGGAUGAACAUAAAGGUCAUGACACAGUGACAGCUGCAGCAGAAAGGACUGAGAGGCAGAGAGAGCUGGAGGAGAGACGAGGAAACAUCCAGCAGAUGAUCCAGGACCAGGAGAAAGAUGUGAAGCUGCUUCAACAGGAGGUGGAGGCCAUCAAUCGCUCUGCUGAUAAAACAGUGGAGGACAGUGAGGAGAUCUUCACUGAGCAGUUGCUUACAAGAAACAUCUGGAUCUCCGUCUCCGGUCCGGUUCCCUCUAGAGUGGGAGUGUACCUGGAUCACAGAGCAGGUAUUCUGUCCUUCUACGUCUCUGAAACCAUGACUCUGAUCCACAGAGGGAAAAUCUAA